AACACAAAACCGCCAAAAAAAAUCAAAGCAAAUGAAAGCCUUAAAAUAAAACCCUAAAAGAGGAGCAAGUAAAGCAUCAUAAUCAGCAGCGUAGAUCAGCAAUGGCGAGAGGAGACGAUGGUGAGCUGAGUGGUGCGAAGCGAGCGUACAGGAACGCGGUGGAGGAGGGGAACAGGCAGGAAGAGGCUCGGUGGGCGAAUAUGAUCGGAGACAUAUUGAAGAAGAGAGGAGAGUACGUCAAGGCCUUGAAAUGGCUCCGCAAAGACUACGAGGUCUCUGUCAAGUAUCUUCCCGAGAAACAACUCCUUCCUACUUGUCAGUCCCUCGGUGAACUCCAUCUCCGUCUUGAAUACUUCAAAGAUGCCCUAAUUUAUCAGAAAAAGCAUUUAGAGCUUGCCAAGGACAGCAAUGACCUCAUUGAGCAACAAAGAGCCUGCACCCAACUUGGUCGAACUUACCAUGAAAUGUUUUUAAGAUCUGAAGAUGAUCACUAUUCGGUUCGGAAUGCCAAAAAAUAUUUCAAAUCUGCCAUGAACCUCGCCCAAAGUCUUAAGGAUAAUCCACCAAUUGGUAAACCUUCUUUUCUCAAGGAGUACAUUGAUGCUCAUAAUAACAUUGGAAUGCUUGAAAUGGAUCUUGAUAACUUGGAACAAGCCCAGAUGAUUCUUAUCAAAGGAUUACAAAUUUGUGAUGAAGAGGAGGUAAUUGAAGAUGAUGAUGGGCGCAGUAGGCUCCAUCAUAACCUUGGAAAAGUUUACAUGGAGCUCAGGAAGUGGGAUAAAGCUCGAGAACAUAUUGAAAAGGACAUCAUCAUUUGUAAGAGAAUUGGGCAUUGCCAAGGAGAGGCAAAAGGGUACAUCAAUCUUGGGGAAUUACAUUACAGGGUUCAGAAAUGUGAGGAUGCAAUUCUUUGCUAUGAAAAGGCACUCAAACUGGCAAAGUCCAUGGAAGAUGAGGAUGCUUUGGCUGAUCAGAUUGGUCAGAAUAUCGAAACUGUAAGAGAAGCAAUGAAGGUAAUGGAUGAGUUAAAGAAAGAAGAACAGAAUCUGAAGAAGCUGAUAAGAAACAUUCCCAUGGUUAGAGGCACAGCUAAUGAACGGAAGUGUCUGCUGCAGCAGAAUGCAUCUCUUGAUUGUCUAAUAGAGAAAUCAAGUAUUAUCUUUGCAUGGCUGAAACAUCGUGAAUUUGCCAAAAGGAAGAAGAGAGUAGCAAGUGAACUCUGCGACAAAGAAAAGCUGAGUGACUCAUUUCUGGUCAUUGGAGAGUCAUACCAGAGGCUUAGGAAUUUCAGCAAAGCACUAAAAUGGUACACAAAAAGUUGGGAGAUCUACAAAUCAAUUGGCAACUUGGAGGGGCAAGCAUUAGCGAAGAUUAAUAUUGGAGAUGUUUUGGAUUCUGAUGGUAAUUGUGCAGGUGCUUUAAGUGCAUUUGAAGAGGGUUAUGGGAUUGCUCUAAAAGCGGACCUUCCUUCUGUUCAGUUAUCUGCACUGGAGAAUAUGCACUAUAGCCACAUGAUAAGAUUUGACAAUGUUGAAGAGGCCAGGAGGCUGCAAUUGCUAAUUGACAAAUUGAAGCAGUCAACAACAAAAGAGCUUGAAGCACAAAAUGUGGAGCAGGAUUGUUGCUCUGAAACUGAAACAGAAGGAGAUGAUCAAUCACCAAAUGGGUCUGAUAUGAGCUGUUCCCAAGAGACAAGUAAAUACAAUUCUGUGACAUCACAAUCUCAUGCUAGAGUGGAAGAGCUAAACGAUGACCUACCUUUGAUUUCACUUCUUCAUCCCCAUAAAUAUUCAGCCAAACUGAAAACUGCUUUUGUGCCUGUGACUGCUACAAAGCCAACUCAAUCUUUGCCUAAAAGUGUGCCUAGAUCUACUGAUAGUCAGCAAACAUUUGUUGGUCAUAAACGCAUCCGUGUAAUCCUUUCUGACGAUGAAGGUGAAAUGCAUGAUGAGGUAGAGUGCCCAAGAGCAAAACAUAGAGGUCCAAAAGAGGAUGUUGCCACUUGUGAUGAAUUUAAGAGUGGAGAUAACUUGGCUGGUCCUGCCUGUGAAUUCCAGGAUGUCUCAGAAGUUGCCUCCAAAUGUGCCAUCAGUACUUGCACUCCUAUUAAUAUUGAAGAAAGCACUUGUUCUUACAAAUCCCGGAGUCCUAAAGUUGCUGCUCAGGAUGCCAAAGAUUUCAGACGUACCUGUGAAGCUGUUAAAAAUUCCAAAUUUAAUGAGAAUGGUUCCAAGUAUUAUGCAGAUGUCACUGAAAGCCUAUUUGGUAUCAACAAGCAUGCUUGUGAUCAUGAAUAUUGUUGCUUGUGUUACUUGCAGCAAAAAUUGACAUUCAAAAUUGAUGAAGACUUUGUACAUGUAGAACUGGGCUCAUGUAUGGUUGGUGAUGAGUUGAGCAUAGAGUGCAUGAAAGUUGAAGUUGCAUGCUUAUACUAUCUACAACUUCCAACAGAGAAGAGAUCUAGGGGUAUGCACUUUCCUUCAAUUCCAUUUACUAUCUGUUCAGGUUGGGUACAGAAGCGUUUGAUGAAGCUUUACAUUGACUGCUGCAAGGAGUUAUCUGAGCCCCCCAAUCUGAAAUUGCUUAAGAAGUUAUACAAUUUGGAGGUUUCAGAGCUUGAAGUCAUUUUGUCUGAUUGUGAAUUACAAGAUGUGUCAAUAACACCAUUACUAAAUGCCUUGCAAGCUCACAAGACAGUUUCUGUUUUAGACCUAUCUCACAAUUUGCUAGGAAAUGGAACUGUGGAGAAACUUCAGCAGGUGUUUACAUCAUCAGGUCAAAGAUAUGGCAGUUUGGUUCUGGAUUUGCACUGCAAUCGCUUUGGUCCAACUGCGUUGUUCCAGAUUUGUGAAUGCCCUGUCCUAUUUGCUCGAUUGGAAGUGCUCAAUAUCUCUAGCAACCGUUUGACUGAUGCAUGUGGAUUUUAUCUUUCAACUAUCUUACAAAAUUGCAAAGCCCUUUAUAGCUUAAAUAUUGAGCGCUGUUCUAUCACAUCCAGAACAAUUCAGAAGGUUGCUGAUUCACUGGGAUCUGAAUCUGUCCUAUCACAGAUUUGUUUAGGAUAUAACAACCCUAUAUCUUCAAAUGCAAUAGUCAAUCUUUUGGCCAAACUUGCCUCUUUAAAGAGAUUUUCGGAACUAAAUCUGAAUGGUCUGAAGCUAAGUAAGCAUGUAGUAGACGGUCUUUGCCAACUCUCUCAGAUCUCAUGCUUGUCAACAAUGAUGCUUGGAGAUACAAGUAUUGGAACUGAUGGAGCAUUGCAAUUAAUUGAGUCCUUAUCCAAUGGGACUCAUGAAUUGAUGAAACUUGAUUUGUCGUCUUGUGGACUAACCUCUCAAUACAUUGUCAGACUCAAUGAUGAAGUCUCACUGAUCAGUAGUAUUGUUGAUCUGAACCUCAGAGGAAAUCAGAUUAUGCAAGAGGGUGGAAGUGCAUUAGUUUUGCUACUAAAAAAUCCUCGGUGUUGUUUAAAAGUUUUGGAUCUGAGCAAGUGUCACCUUGGUCUUCUUGGUGUUCUUGGGAUACUACAGGCACUAUCUGAGAAUUGCUCUCUCGAAGAGCUCAAUCUUGCUGAAAAUGCCAGUCUGGAUAAAUAUCAUAUGUUGAAACAUCAUGACUCAACAGUGACAGAGUGUUCAAAGUCAGUGCAGCAGGCAAAUAAAAAAUUCUGUGACUCUCCUUCGUUCAGGGUUUCCUUGGUUGAGGAAGUUGAGCCUGCCCAACAAGGGUCAUCAUUUGCAGUAAAGACAGAAUGUAUUCAGCUUGAAGCUGCUGAUAGCGAAGAUGAUGAUCAUCCUCCAAAUCCAAUCAGGAUGCCAGCUGAAGAAGCUGCUGCUGCUGCAGCAUCAUCAUCGAGUAGUCCCAGUGACAGCUGCAUGAUGAGCUCAUCAUGUCAGCGUAACCCUUCUGAUGAAGAGAGCCUCCAGUUACUAGUUCGAGAUCUUUCAACUGCUAUUGGUUUGGCAAAACACUUGCAAUAUUUGGAUCUUAGUAAUAAUGGAUUUUCAAUGGAAAUUGCAGAAACAUUGUUAUAUGUUGCAUGGUCGUCAUUAAGUUCAAGAGCUGGUUUUGCUCAGAGGCACAUUCAGGGAAACACAAUCCACUUGUCAUUGCAGGGCCGCAAGUGUUGUGGGGUCAAACCUUGCUGCAGCAGAAGGGAUUAGUAUUGUUGCCACUUAAAUUCUUUCUGCUGUAUCCAAGGAAAGAGCUUCAUUGCAUAGUAUAAUUCAUGACUCUACUGUGACGCAACUAUGUGGGAGCUUCAGAUAUGGACAGACAUUGGGUUUAGAUUGUUAUAAGGUUGAAAAUUAAUGGUUUUAGUUGAAUAAUUUAAAAACUCAGGGUUUAAUUUGUUAUAAAAAUUAAACUUUGGAAUUUCUUGCUUUUAUUCUAAGAAUUUGUGUGUAUAUUUGAUCUUUAUUCUGAUUGUAAUUCAUUA